GCGUUUUGUGCAGUUUAUGUAUCGAACAAAAUCCGAUAAUAAAGUUAAAGUUAAUUAGUUGGUACUUUAUGGAUAUUAAGAAAACUAAAUUUAGUACAUUUUCUAGUUUUAAUUGUCAAUCUCUUAAGAGAUCGAUCGAUUGCGUUAGGCGAGUAUGUAAGCAAUCUGAUAUUGUUAGCCUUCAGGAGACCUGGCUCCUACCCCAUGAUAUUAACUUAUUGGGCACUGUAUGUGAUGAGUUUGAGUACACGGGCAAAUCUGCGGUAGAUACUUCCGCGGGUUUGUUAGUGGGUAGACCGUACGGGGGGGUAGCCAUAUUAUGGAGGAAGGGUUUAUUUGACUCUGUGAAUGUGUUGGAAUGUGAUAGCAAUAGACUAGCCGCUAUACGAGCCACUAUGGGGAAUCGUACGAUUAUUGUAAUAUCUGUAUACAUGCCAACGGAUUCGAUUGACAACCUACCUUUGUUUACGGAAGUUCUGGGAGAAAUUAGUGCAAUCGAGGAUGCGAAUAACGCUGAAUGUAUAUAUUUGUUAGGAGAUUUUAAUGCACAUAUAUGUGAACUAUUUUAUAGGGAGUUGUGUAGUUUUUCUGCUGACCGAUCAUGGAUUUGUGCGGACGUGGAAAAACUGGGAAUAGAUUCAAAUAGUUACACAUUUGUGAGUCAGGUACAUGGUUGUAAAAGAUGGUUAGACCAUUUUGUCGUGUCUCAAUCUGCUUAUCAAUCAGUAGUAGAUAUACGCAUAGAGGAAGGGGUAUAUAUGUCGGACCAUUUUCCCAUUUUUAUGACCUGUAAUCUUGAGAUAGUGAGGCAAAAGCUGAUUAAGCAUGACUUACCCUGUGGCAAAAUAACAUGGGGAGAUAGAAAGGAGUCUGAAAUUAGUACCUACCAACAUGCUUGUAAUGCGUCGCUUCGUGAUAUACAAUUCCCGGAAGAGUUCGUGGAGUGUAGUUUUGGUUUUUGUAGUCAAGCCGAUCAUUGUAAGAUUUUAGAUAAUCUAUACGAAAAAAUUGUAUGUACGCUCGGGGAUGCAGCCGCAAAAGCCAAAACUCCUACGCAGAAUCAAAUAAAGAGGGGUAAGGUUCUGUGUGGGUGGAAUAAACACGUACAGGAUGCUCAUCAUGAGGCCAGGCUCAAGUUUGAAGUAUGGGUACAGCACAAUAGACCGACUUUAGGACCAGUUUAUGAGCAAAUGUGUGAAGCACGAAAGAUUUUUAAAAGUAGAUUGAAUUGGUGUCAAAAAAACCAAGAAAAAAUCAAAAUGGAUCUUUUAGCCUCACAAAGAGCUUCGAAUAAUUUUAGGGACUUCUGGAAGGCUACAGCUAGGUUAAACGUAGGGCCUGGCCGCCCGGCGAGUGUCGACGGCAAGAGCGAUUCAGUCGAGAUUGCCAGUAUGUUUAGGGAGCAUUUUAGAGUCUCGUCAUCAGUUGGUCAUGCUCUUAAUAUGUGUAAAAAGGAGUCUAUCCUUCAGUUACAUUUUUCAGCUGCCGAAGUAAAACAGGCAAUUGGGGGAAUGAAAGGGGGUAAGUCGCCCGGCCAUGAUGGACUAAGUGUCGAACAUCUGAGGCACGCAGGUGUACACCUGCCGAGAGUCCUGUCCAUGUUCUUCUCGUUGUGCAUAAGUCACUCUUAUUUGCCACCUGACUUGAUGAAGACAAUUGUGGUGCCCAUCGUGAAGAACAGGACAGGGGAUAUCUCUGAUAAAAAUAACUACCGGCCGAUUUCCCUUGCAACUAUAAUUGCUAAGGUACUGGAUGGUGUUCUUGACUCGCGAUUGGAGCAAUACUUAAACCUUCAUGACGCGCAAUUUGGGUUUAGACCGCACCUGUCAACGGAGAGUGCAAUUACUGUGCUCAAGAAUACUAUUCAAUACUAUACAAGUCGCAAAACACCGGUACAUGGUUGUUUUCUGGAUUUUUCCAGAGCCUUCGACCGAGUGUCGUAUGAGGUACUGUGGAGGAAGCUAGAGGCCAGAAAUGUGCCGGCUGAGAUAUGUAAUAUAUUUAAGUUUUGGUACCAAAACCAAAUAAAUGUGGUAAAAUGGUCCGACGGCAUUUCAGAUGCGUACAGGUUGGAGUGCGGGGUGAGACAGGGGGGCAUUACAUCUCCCAAGCUCUUCAACCUGUAUGUAAAUGAUCUCAUAGUGGGACUUAGCAGUAUGAGGGUAGGCUGUAGUAUAGACGGUGUCGUCAUAAAUAAUAUAAGCUAUGCCGACGACAUGGUGCUGUUGGGUCCGACUACGAAAUCAAUAAAUGAGAUGUUGAGGGUAUGUGAAAGUUUCGCGGCCGAGCACGGGCUUGUUUACAAUGUGGAAAAGUGUGUAUGCAUGGUCUUUGGGGUCGUUGGAAAGUGUCCCAGAAAUACACCUCCUAUGUUUCUAUCUGGAAAGGAACUAAAAAUAGUAAAAACUUUUAAGUAUCUGGGCCAUGUACUUGCCGACGACCUUAAAGAUGAUGACGACAUAGAAAGGGAGCGGAGAGCGUUGGCGGUCAGAGGUAACAUGCUGGCCCGGAGAUUCGCCCGCUGUAGUGACCAGGUUAAAAUAACCUUAUUUAAAGCUUUUUGCCAGGGCUUCUACACGGGUGGUCUGUGGGUCCGCGGCACCAAAAGGUCGCUGGAUGCUCUCCGUAUCCAGUACAAUAAUAUUUUUAGAAUGUUAUUGCGACUCCCCAAGUUCUGUAGCGCCUCUGAAAUGUUUGCUCAAACAAGAACAGACGGGUUUCACGCUGUUAUUAGAAAAAAAAUGGCGUCUUUGAUAAGGAGGAUAAGGUCGAGUGGCAAUACCAUUCUAAGAACUGUGGCAGACAGAUACGACUCGCCUAUAAUAAGGCAUCUUGUGCGGGGUACCAUGCCGGUGGCCCUACAUGGUCAACUUUAAAGAUUCUAGUAGAAUUAAGUACUAACCCUUUUAUGUUAUUUUAUAUUAUUUUGCAGAUUUAUAAUUUUAUGUAUUACUAACAAACUGGA